AAGAAAUUCUCAGUUGUCACUUAAGCCGGGCAGCUGUCUACAUCUACCAAUAUUAAUACUGCACGGGAAGACCGAGUCACUCACAAGAGGCGUUUGUUCUUAUCGUUUUGGGGGUCGAUUUUCUCUGUGAUGAUCUUACAAACCAUCACACCAAACCAAACCUUCACAGAUCUGCAAUAGACAGGACAUCAAUGGGGGAAGCGAAGAUGAUGAAGCGGUCGCUCGAUAUUUCAGCUUUAGUAGUGUUCCUCUGCUUUUUGGGCGGGGAGUGCAAGUAUAUGGUGUAUGAUACUUCUCAAAGCACCCAGGCUGAAAAGAUCAAUGUUCAUUUGGUACCCCACUCUCAUGACGACGUUGGCUGGCUGAAGACCGUCGAUCAAUACUACACCGGUGCUAAUAAUUCCAUUCGGGGUGCCUGUGUCCAGAACGUGUUAGACUCCGUGAUUUCAGCUUUGCUCGAUGACAAGAAUCGCAAGUUCAUCUACGUUGAAAUGGCAUUCUUCCAGCGGUGGUGGAACCAGCAGAGCGAACUGCUCAAGACUAAAGUCAAGGAGCUCGUCAACACUGGUCAACUUGAAUUCAUAAAUGGGGGUAUGUGCAUGCACGACGAGGCAACACCACAUUACAUUGACUUGAUCGAUCAAACAACUUUGGGACACAUGUUUAUACACCGGGAAUUUGGUCAAAAACCUAGAGUUGGUUGGCAGAUCGAUCCUUUCGGCCACUCUUCUGUUCAAGCUUACUUGCUGGGUGCCGAGGUGGGAUUUGACUCUCUCUUUUUUGCUCGAAUGGAUUAUCAAGAUAGGGCUAAGAGGAAAAUUGACAAGACUCUUGAGGUUGUAUGGCAGGGUUCUAAGUCUCUUGGUUCAUCUUCACAGUUAUUUACUGGUAUAUUUCCCAGACAUUAUGAUCCCCCAGAUGGUUUCACAUUUGAAAUAAAUGAUGUAUCUCCUCCUAUUCAGGAUGAUGUUCUCCUGUUUGACUACAAUGUUCAAGAGCGGGUAAAUGAUUUUGUGGCUGCAGCCAUGGCUCAGGCUAAUGUAACAAGGACAAACCAUAUAAUGUGGGCCAUGGGAACCGAUUUCCGGUAUCAAUAUGCAGUUUCAUGGUUCAGACAGAUGGACAAAUUCAUUCAUUAUGUUAACCUGGAUGGGCGUGUGAAUGCACUGUAUUCUACCCCAUCCAUUUACACAGAUGCGAAACAUGCAGCCGAUGAAACAUGGCCUCUAAAAACUGAUGACUUCUUCCCAUAUGCAGAUAAAGAAAAUACGUACUGGACAGGAUACUUCACUAGCAGGCCAGCUUUUAAAGGUUAUGUGAGGACAAUGAGCGGUUACCAUUUGGCUGCAAGACAGUUAGAAUUUUACAAAGGGAGGAACAAUUCUGGACCAAAUACAGAUGCCUUGGCCGAUGCUCUAGCAAUUGCUCAACAUCAUGAUGCAGUUAGUGGUACACAAAGGCAGCAUGUGGCUUCUGAUUAUGCAAUGCGUAUCUCAAUGGGCUAUGUACAGGCUGAGGAAGUAGUAGCUUCAUCAUUAGCAUUUUUAACAUCAUCAAGAUCAAGUAAAACUUCAGUUGGCACGAUUCACCAAUGUCCUCUCCUUAACAUAAGUUACUGUCCUCCCUCAGAAGCUGUUUUGGCUAAUGGAAAUAGUUUGGUGGUAGUUGUCUACAACCCCCUAGGAUGGAAUAGAGAAGAAGUGGUCCGAAUUCCUGUUUCCUCCAAUGAGUUAAUUGUUCUGGAUUCAAAUGGAAGAGAAAUAGAAUCACAGCUGCUUCCUAUGUUUAAUGCCUCUUUAAACAUGAGAAAGUACCAUGUUAAAGCAUAUCUUGGUAAAACUCCAAGCAAUACACCCAAAUAUUGGCUUGGAUUUACAGCAUCUUUACCACCUCUUGGUUUCAACACCUACAUCAUCUCCAAUGCAAAACACGCAGAUACAAGUUUAACAAUGUCGACAGUUCUGACAUCAGACAAUAUUAGUGAUGAAACUGUAGUUGUUGGUGGAGGAAAUUUGAAGCUGCAUUAUGCUACAGACGAGGGAAAGCUUAUACGUUAUACAAAUAAAAGAAGCUUGGUUGAAGGAGCCAUGGAACACUCGUACAGCUACUAUUCUGGUUAUAAUGGGACAGACCAGGCUUCUGGAGCUUAUAUCUUCCGUCCUAAUGCCACAUUUCCAAUAAAAUCUCAAGGGCAGAAAGCUUUUACUAUCGUGAGGGGACCACUAAUGGAUGAAGUGCACCAACAGUUAAACUCCUGGAUAUAUCAGGUCACCCGUGUAUACAAGGAGAAGGAACAUGCUGAAGUUGAGUUUAUCAUUGGACCUAUCCCUAUAGAUGAUGGUGUUGGGAAAGAAAUAACAACUCAGAUCACAAGUGCCUUGAAGACAAACAAAACAUUCUAUACAGAUUCUAACGGGAGAGACUUCAUUAAAAGGGUUCGUGAUUUCAGAACAGAUUGGGAGCUGCAAGUGAAUGAACCAGUUGCUGGAAAUUAUUACCCAAUAAAUCUUGGAGCUUAUGUUGAGGAUGGAAGUAUGGAACUCUCAGUGUUGGUGGAUCGUGCAGUAGGUGGCUCUAGUUUAGUAGAUGGUCAAAUAGAACUAAUGCUUCAUAGGAGGCUAUUAUAUGAUGACGUGAAAGGUGUUGGUGAGGUGCUAAAUGAGACAGUGUGUGUCCUGAAUGAUUGCAAGGGCCUGAUGAUCCAAGGAAAAUAUUAUAUUAGAAUGGAUCCAGUAGGAGAUGGAGCCAAGUGGCGUCGCACAUUUGGUCAAGAAAUUUAUUCUCCACUCCUUGUGGCAUUUGCACAACAGGAUGGAAGUGAUUGGAAAAAUGAUCAUGUAUCAUCCUUCUCGAUGAUUGAUGCAUCCUAUAGCUUGCCAAACAACACAGCUAUUAUAACUCUACAGGAGCUUGAAAGUGGAAAAGCACUCCUUCGUUUGGCUCAUCUAUACGAGGUGGGGGAAGACAAAGAUUACUCUGUAAUGGCAAGUGUGGAGCUGAAGAAGCUGUUCCCAGAUAGGAAGAUAAGGAAGGUAACAGAGAUGAAUCUGUCGGGUAAUCAAGAAAGAGGCGAGAUGGAGAGGAAGAAGCUUGCUUGGAAAGUGAAAGGUGGAUCUGAGAGGGAGAUAGUUAGGGGAGGUGGGGUUGAUCCUGAAAAGCUAGUGGUGGAACUUGGGCCCAUGGAAAUCCGAACAUUCUUCAUCGACUUGUAUUAUCUUGGGAUGUUUGGUUCGGUUAAUGAUGAGGUGUUUGGCUGAUGACUAUGUUUACUGGUGACAUCGAUCCAAUCUGUCUCCAAUACGAAUACGAGGGAACAAAUAAAAAUGGAAAACAGAAAAUGUGGGCUGCUCUUUUUGCAGGCCGACCUUGGGUUGUACAACCCAAGGUUUGUGCUUUUCCACAUCAAAGUUGAAACAUGGACGCGUGUUGAUGUUUUUAUUUGACAUUUUUUCUUUUGAUUUGGUUAUAAACUGGAAUCUUUUAUUUUUAUAAAAAAGUAACAAAAUCCGAAUACUUUUAUAAAUAGUUAAUAUCACCAUAAUUUUAGUUUUGUUUUAUAUUUAAAGACAUCUUUAAAAAUGUCCGAUGGUUUUCAAAAAAAUUGAGUUCACUUCUUAAUUUUUUUUAAAGAUCAUCUUUGUGGUUUGAAAACUUUGGAUCAUCUUUAUGGCUAACACUGUGAGUCUAACCAUGUGAGGGUAACGUCUUGAUCAUUCUUGAAGUUGUUUUGAAAUUUUUAUUAAUUGAUUUUAUUAAUAAAGAAAAUAACUCCUCUCUCUCUCUCUCUCUCUCUCU